AUGUACGCGGUGAAGCGCAUCGACAAGCGUCAGGCAGGCACAAAGGGAUUGCGGAGCGUUAUGGGGGAAGUGGAGACAAUGAGCCUCCUUUCCCAUCCCAACAUCGUCAAGCUCGAGGAGACGUAUCAAGACGACGCAUGCCUUUCUAUUGUGAUGGAAUACCUCCCUGGUGGUUCUCUUCAGCACCACAUAGACCGACAAAGCGUCUCUGAAGGCGAGACGCGGCGCAUCAUCACGCAGUUACUGAUGGCUGUAGAGUAUAUUCAUGAAAAGGGGAUCGUACACCGCGAUUUGAAGCCAAGCAACUGCCUGCUAUCGCAAAACGACCUUGUCGUGAAGAUAGCAGACUUUGGACUCUCCGUGUUUGCCGGUAAUGAGCAAUGUUUGACGACGUGCUGUGGCACGCUGCACUUCAUGGCACCCGAGAUCCUGCUAGAGAAGAACUAUGGAAAGCCCGUGGACAUGUGGGCCAUGGGUGUCAUGACACACGUGAUGUUUCUCGGUCGUUACCCGUUUCAGGCCCGUACAGAGACUGCGCUGACGAAAGACAUCUGCCGUGGGUAUCGUUUGCCGGAGGAGGGCGGUGAUAGGCCACGUUGUCCUCCACAGCUUCAAGAUUUUAUCAGCCAACUUCUCUAUUACGACCCACACCGUCGAAUGAGCGCCAAAGAUGCUCUCAAGCACCGAUGGAUCAAGGAGGGUUUGGAUGCAAAUCGACGGACGUCCCUCUACGCAUCACAAGCACCUUCGGCAGCGGUGGUUAAGCCAUCCGCGCGGUGGCGGGCGGCGGUGCUCACAGUCAUGGGCGCGCAGCGUCUGUUGUACCUGCAGAAAAUUAAGCGGUUAGUGCGGCUUGGUUAUGACGGGUUCCCCAUUUUGCGGGACUAUCGCUAUCUCGUGACCGGCAAUUAUGUACCUGCAAGCACGUCUCUAGAAUGUAGUCACAUGUUCCACGCACGGCCGAUGGCGCUGCUCGAGUUGAUCUCGAUGAUAGACACGUGCCCGCUCCUGAAACAUGUCGAUCUUAGCUGGAAUAACAUUCACAGCUUAUCUAUAAUUCAGUCGCUGCUCAAGGUGGUGACGCGACUCCCUUCACUGCAGUCGAUCGAUUUGUCUCACAAUCCAAUCCCGGCUGUGGCCGGGCGUUCCAUUGUGCGACUGAUCCGCAACCCGUGUUCGCACGUGACAAACAUCAACAUUGGGGACACCGGAAUCAGCGCCGACACCAUCGGACAGAUCAACUCCUUCUUAAAGGAGAAGCUGACCCACGCCGCUCUGCCGUACAGCAUUUCCACAGGAGAGAUGCAAAGCCGAGGCAUCCAAGGUGGCUAUGACGAGGGACACAUGACAUCGUCGUCAACUACAGUGACCUCCUUGAGGCAAAAGGCUAACAUUUGUAGCGGGCCCACCAAACAGCCGGCGAAGAGGGACUCGCAUCCCGUGCGGCUGCCUCCAAUCUCACGUCUACCAAUGGCUAGGCGCAAUGAGAAGAUGUCGUAG